UUGUUUAUCGUUGCUUGGAUACUUGUUUAUGAGUACUCCAUGUUUGCUGUGGAAAAUCAUAGAAAAACUCCCUCCGUUCAAUUAGAGCCACAGUAAGGCAUCUAGCUUGACACAGUGCAUUGUAAACCAUCGGAGAAAAGAACAGUAAACUUUAAAAAAAUGAUGAAAGGACUCCAACCCGUUACCACUGGGAUUUGUAAACCAAAACAGAAAUCAAACACAGAGCAAAUUCCAUUUUCGCUGUUGUGCAACACGUAUGAAAAACGCCAAGAAUUGGUCCCUGGUCCAAAAGCAGCUGGUGCAUUCAGAGAAAGGCCAACCAAACCAACAAAUUUCCGAAAGUUUUAUGAACGUGGUGAUUUCCCAAUUGCAUUAGAACACGACACAAAAGGAAAUAAAAUUGCAUGGAAGGUUGAAAUUGAAAAGCUUGACUAUCAUCAUUAUCUUCCUCUUUUCUUUGAUGGUUUAUGUGAAACAGUCCAUCCCUAUGAAUUUUUUGCUCGGCAAGGUGUACAUGAUAUGUUAGAACAUGGGGGUUCCAAGAUUCUACCAGUCAUCCCACAGCUCAUUAUCCCAAUCAAAAACGCACUGAAUACGAGGAAUCAUAAAGUGUUAUGCACUACAUUGAAAGUUCUUCAACAUUUGGUAGUGUCAGCAGAUAUGGUUGGUGAAGCUCUAGUUCCAUAUUAUAGACAAAUUCUACCUGUAAUGAACAUAUUCAAAAAUAAAAAUUUAAAUUCUGGAGAUGGAAUCGAUUAUAGUCAGCAAAAACGUGAAAAUGUUGGAGAUUUGAUUCAAGAAACAUUAGAAGCUUUUGAAAGACAUGGGGGAGAGGAUGCCUUCAUAAAUAUCAAAUACAUGGUUCCAACAUAUGAAUCCUGCAUGCUCAAUUAAAUUAUUUAAAAUAUAAACACUUUCACCCAGAAUUAAUGCCACCCAGCAUUCUUAUAUUUAUAGAAAAAAGGCAAUAGUGUACAAGUGAAUUGUGCAUUUAUAAAAUUUAAAUAAAAAGUGAAAAAGAAAGACAAUUGUGUUAAAAAAAAACAACAGCAUUACACUUUGUAUUAACAGCAUUAACUGUUCCGCUCAAUUCCAGAAUUGUAUCAGUUCAUAUUUUAUCAAUUGUUUUUAAGAUAAAAAAUUUUGUUUGGAUAUAUUUAACCUAUUUUAUUUGUAUAUUUUUGUCAAUUUUUAUCUGUGAUAUUUAUUAUAUUAUUUGAAUAUAAAGUAAGUAAAUUCAGUCAAAAUAUUUCCAGGAAACUGUAUUUCUGUCAGUUUAGGGGGUAGUUUCCAAUUAUUAUAGUAUCGAUUAAAUAUGCAUUUCUUAAGCUAAAUUUUGGUUAUAAUGUUCUUUCUCCAAGUUGCACGGUCUGUCAUUUUUUUUUUCAAAUUCUCGUCAUUUGUCUAUAUAUCAUAGAAUUGCCAUCUUUUAGAGUAAUUUUCUUUGCAGAACUUCUACUUUAUGGUUUGAACUUAGAUCUAUCAAUCAUUUUCUUCUUUAAGAUAUUAGAAACAGUCCCAGUACAUUGUAUAAUGUUUUGUACAUAUGUGUAUGUCACAGAAAUAUUUAUUCAAAUAAAAUAUUUGAAAUGA